CGUUUUUUUUUUCAAUUCCAUUCUUGCAUCUUGACUCGAGCUAUCAUCAAAGAGGUUUCCCGCAGAUUGGGAUGCUUCAGAGCCGUGGAUGACCCACCAUAUCUGCUUUUAAAAUAGUCCGUCGUUUUCUCUUUCAUUGCCCAGUUUUACGGCGUCGCCCAGCCACUCUGCAAACAGGUCUAGCUACUUGGUACUAGCAGCACUUCACUUUCUUUGUUGUCCGUGGGGAUCUCUCCCAGACCACCCCUGGAUCUUUUUAGGUCAAGUCACUCCGUCACUUCAAGACACCUCCCCCGACCCUUGACCUCUCCUCCAACCAACAACAACCAAAGCCGUCCAUCGUUCUUCAUCCACGACGGGCCCAUCGAGCCGUUCCGCAACCAUGGCGUAUAACGGACACGGUCACGAGUAUGAAGGCCACAACCUCCAGGACAUGCCUGCUGGGAGCCAGUAUCACCUCCCUCCACAAGAACAAGAUGAGGACGUUAAGGAUCACCUACUGGGCCAGGGCCCCCACGACUACGAGCACAACCGUCUCGGCACCGGUACCCCCCCUGUGCGUCCCGUCUCUGCCUACAGUCUGACCGAGUCGUAUGCGCCCGGUGCAUCCACAACACCCGGUGCGCCGCAAUAUGGCCAUGAGUACGCUGGGCAAGAGCUUGGAGACACGGGCUACGGCUAUGGCCGACCCGUGUCGACGGUCGACAGCGAGGACGCCUGGGUGCGACGUCAGCAGCCUGGCGCUGCGCCGGGCGGCGGAGGUCUGAAGCGCUUCAACACCCGAAAGGUGAAGCUCGUUCAGGGCUCCGUUCUGAGCAUCGAUUACCCUGUGCCCAGCGCCAUUAAAAAUGCCAUCCAGCCCAAGUACAGGGAAGUGGAGGGUGGCACUGGUGAGUUCGUCAACAUGCGAUACACGGCGGCCACGUGCGACCCCAACGAUUUCACUCUUAAGAACGGUUACGAUCUACGCCCCAGGAUGUACAACCGACACACCGAGCUGCUCAUCGCCAUCACCUACUACAACGAGGACAAGCAGCUCAUGUCCCGAACCUUGCAUGGCGUUAUGCAGAACAUCCGCGAUAUUGUCAACCUCAAGAAGUCCACCUUUUGGAACAAGGGCGGUCCCGCUUGGCAGAAGAUCGUAGUCUGCAUGGUCUUCGAUGGUAUCGACAAUGUAGACAAGGAGACCUUGGAUGUCCUGGCCACCGUGGGUAUCUACCAAGAUGGAGUCAUCAAGAAGGAUGUCAACGGCAAAGAGACUGUUGCUCACGUCUUCGAAUACACCACCCAACUCUCUGUCACACCCAACCAGCAACUGAUUCGUCCCAUUGAUGACAGCCCCCAGACUCUGCCCCCUGUGCAGAUGAUCUUCUGUUUGAAGCAGAAGAACACCAAGAAGAUCAAUUCCCACCGUUGGCUGUUCAACGCCUUCGGCCGUAUCCUAAACCCCGAAGUAUGCAUUCUCCUCGAUGCUGGUACCAAGCCAGGCACCAAGUCGCUCCUGGCCCUUUGGGAGGGUUUCUACAACGACAAGGACCUUGGCGGUGCUUGUGGUGAAAUCCAUGCCAUGUUGGGGAAGGGAGGCAAGAAGCUCUUCAACCCCCUGGUAGCCGUCCAGAACUUUGAGUACAAGAUCUCCAACAUUCUGGACAAGCCUCUGGAGAGUUCUUUUGGAUACGUCAGUGUGUUGCCCGGUGCUUUCUCCGCCUACCGAUUCCGUGCCAUCAUGGGCCGUCCUCUCGAGCAGUACUUCCACGGUGACCACACGUUGUCCAAGAUUCUGGGCAAGAAGGGUAUCGAGGGUAUGAACAUUUUCAAGAAGAACAUGUUCUUGGCCGAGGAUCGAAUUCUGUGUUUCGAGCUUGUGGCCAAGGCUGGCUCCAAGUGGCAUUUGACCUACAUAAAGGCUGCUAAGGGAGAGACGGAUGUGCCCGAAGGUGCCCCGGAAUUCAUCAGUCAGCGACGAAGAUGGCUCAACGGUUCUUUCGCCGCCAGUCUCUACUCGCUCAUGCACUUUGGUCGCAUGUACAAGAGCGGACACAACAUCGUCCGCAUGUUCUUCUUCCACGUGCAACUCCUCUACAACAUCGCCCAAGUCGUCUUCACCUGGUUCAGUUUGGCUUCCUACUACUUGACUACUAUCGUCAUCAUGGAUUUAGUCGGUACCCCGACCGCACCAGGAGAUACGAGUUCGGAAUUCCAUGCCUGGCCCUUCGGCGACACGGCUACUCCCAUCGUCAACUUGGUUCUGCAAUACGCGUAUGUGGCCUUCUUGAUCAUGCAGUUUGUUCUCGCUCUCGGCAACCGACCGAAGGGAUCCAAAUGGCAAUACAUUGCCUCUUUUGUCGUCUUUGGUUUCAUCCAGCUCUACAUCCUCAUCCUGUCCGGCUUCCUGGUCGUGCGCGCUUUCGUUAAUGAUGAUAACGUCGAUCUUGGCAAUGAGCUCAAACAACUGGCGACGGGACGAUCAGAGAUUGCGCUGAUUCUUAUGGCCUUAGUCUGCACGUUCGGCUUGUACUUCCUGGCUUCUUUCAUGUACUUGGAUCCCUGGCACAUGUUCCACUCGUUCCCCUACUACAUGGUGCUGAUGUCUACUUACAUCAACAUCUUGAUGAUUUACGCCUUCAACAACUGGCACGAUGUCUCUUGGGGUACCAAGGGUUCAGACAAGGCGGAAGCUUUGCCGUCUGCCAACGUUACCAAGACAGACAAGAACGAGGCUGUGGUGGAAGAAAUUGAGAAGGAGCAGGAGGAUAUCGACAGCCAGUUCGAGGCAACCGUCAAGCGUGCUUUGGAGCCUUUCAAGCCGGAGGAGGAGGUCGAGAAGAAAGAUCUCGAGGACUCGUACAAAGCUUUCAGAACCUCCCUGGUCCUGGCAUGGCUUUUCUCUAAUGCUCUGCUCAUUGUCGCCUUACAAAGCGACAGCUUCAACUCAUUUGGUAUCGGACAAACCACGGCGAAGCGAACAGCCAACUUCUUCUCGUUCCUGCUUAUCGCCACGGCCAUUCUGUCCAUCAUCCGCUUCAUUGGGUGUGUGUGGUUCCUGGGUAGGACGGGUCUCAUGUGCUGCUUCUCCAGACGAAGGUCCAAAAACUUCGAAGGCAUGACAAUCGCGCGUCAUUCUAGGUUUGGGCGCGCGACGCCGCAAGGUUGGUUCAGCGGUAGUAAGAAAAAGGAGCAGCAGAAGGCUGAUUCUGCCGAGGGAGCGAGUGGCAAGAAGAAGAAGGUCACAGCUGCGCAACUGCGGGUGCAAAAAGAUCUUUCCGAGCUAUCUCUAGGCUCAACAAUGCGAACCGACUUCCCCGACCCGGACGACAUCCUCAACUUCAUUCUCACCAUCACACCGGACGAGGGCCAGUACCAAGGUGGCAAGUUCACGUUUACUUUCAAUAUGAACCAGAACUAUCCCCACGAGCCCCCGAAGGUCCGCUGCCAACAGAAGAUCUAUCACCCCAACAUCGAUCUUGAGGGCAAGGUGUGCCUGAACAUUCUGCGAGAGGACUGGAAGCCGGUGCUGAACCUGAACGCCGUUAUUGUCGGACUUCAGUUUUUGUUCCUCGAGCCGAACGCCUCGGAUCCCCUCAACAAGGAGGCCGCUGAGGAUCUGCGCCAGAGCCGAGAGAACUUUAGGAAAAACGUCAGAAACGCCAUGGCUGGUGGCUCCAUACGGGGAACCAGCUAUGAACGGGUGCUAAGCACGAAAUAAUGAGCGCUGACACAGACAACUCGACAAUGCUUUAUGCAUCUCGAUGCUCGAUGACCACACGAAUUGAGAUGGAAUGCUCCAUAGGUUGGCCACUAGGGGAGGCGGAGACCUGGGACUGAAAGCCAUGAUAUUAGAUGCUAGGGCCCAUAUAUUGCAAAUUUGGCGUUUUCUCGAGCGGCAUUGCUUUGGGCAACAAGGGCGCCAUGCUUCUUGCCAGUCGUGCGACUGCUACGAAGAGGGGGGUUUGUGGCAUUUGGACUCAUAGUGUGCAUAGCAAGACCACUUCAUGAUAGAUACAGGAUGGAUGAAGAUACGUUUACACUAC